AUGUCGGCGCGCGCCAGGAGCGCCACCACCCUGCCCACCGCUGAGUACUACGCCAUCCCGGCGCCUGCUACCGCCAGCUUCAUGCCGGAGCCAGGGCUGUGCUUCGACCACGUGCCCACCUUUCACACCCACCAGGCAGUGGAGCAGAAGCUGCUGGAGCAGCUGAGAGAACCGCAGGCGGCCACAGAAACCGAGCCAGCCGAGCCGCCGCAACCUGAGCCUCAGCCGACAGCGUUCGACCUCCUUCAGGACCAGCGCUUGGAGGCAGAUGUGGCUGCACCUGAGCAGGCUGGAUGA